CGAUGACGAAACCUAAUAUCUGCCAGGCCGACGAGUCUCCGGAACGUCAGUGAACGAUGUUGAUCAGUUACUCUGAUGUCUUGCUUUGCGCACCUUGUAAUGACUCUUCAGCCUCGUCAUUCAUCCCCAGACUUUCUCCGAGGACUAUUGUAUAUAAACGACACCGUUCGUGUCGGAAAUUUCGCUAGUCCUCUCGACACCUCAAAACAGCAUGUACAGCGCGGCAGCUAUCUUCGCUUUCGCCCUCCUUCGAUCCGUCCGUGGUCAGCAGAUCGGCACCUACACGGCCGAAGACCAUCCCGUACUGACCGUCCAGCAAUGCUCUGCUGGCGGCAGCUGCACCACGCAGUCCAAGUCAGUCGUCCUCGACUCCAACUGGCGUUGGCUCCACAGCACCACCGGCUACACAAACUGCUACACCGGCAACCAGUGGGAUGCCACCCUCUGUCCCGACGUCGAUACCUGCACUGCCAACUGCGCUUUGGACGGCGCAGACUACUCCGGCACUUAUGGUAUCUCGACCAGCGGUAACGCCCUCACUUUGAACUUCGUCACCCACGGAGCCAACACCAACGUCGGGAGCCGUGUCUACUUGCUCGACGACGAGAACACGUACCACCUGUUCAACAUGAAGAACCAGGAGUUCACCUUUGACGUCGACGUGUCCAACUUGCCUUGCGGGUUGAACGGAGCUUUGUAUUUCGUGCAGAUGGAUGGUGACGGUGGUAAGGCGAGGUUCCCCACCAACGCCGCUGGCGCCGCAUACGGUACAGGCUACUGUGACACUCAGUGUCCCCAAGACCUCAAGUUCAUUGAUGGACAGGCGAACAUGCUUAACUGGACUGGUACAUCCGCCAACUCCGGUACAGGCUUUUAUGGCACGUGCUGCAACGAGAUGGACGUCUGGGAAGCCAACUCGCUGUCCGCGGCUUUCACGCCGCACGUCUGCUCUGGCAUCACCGGUCAGACUAGGUGCUCCGGCACAGCCUGCGGUGAAGGCGACGAGAGGUACGACGGAGUCUGCGACAAGGACGGCUGCGACUUCAACUCGUGGCGUAUGGGCGACGAGACCUUCUACGGCCCCAGUAUGACCGUCGACACCACCUCCAAGUUCAGCGUCGUCACCCAGUUCCUCACAUCCGACAACACCACCACCGGCGACCUCGUCGAGAUCCGCAGGAUCUACGUCCAGAACGGCCAGGUCAUCCAGAACUCGGCAACGGACUUCCCCGGCAUCGCCGCGUACAACUCCAUCACUGACGAUUUCUGUAACGCCCAGAAGACGCUCUUUGGUGACACGAACUCUUUCGAGACCAGGGGUGGACUCGCAGAGAUGGGUGAUGCUUUCGAGGCUGGGAUGGUGUUGGUCAUGAGUAUCUGGGAUGACUACGCUGUCAACAUGUUGUGGCUCGACAGCGACUACCCCACCGACGGCGAUCCAUGCCAACCCGGUAUCUCUCGUGGACCCUGCGCUACGACCUCCGGCGUCCCCGCUACGGUCGAGGCCGAGUCCGGCAUAUCCGUCGUUUACUCCAACAUCAAGUUCGGACCCAUCGGUUCAACAUUCGCGUAAAUUCGUACGCGUUCUUCUUUUUACCUCAACCUCUGCCUUUUCUUAGUUACCCCUCGACUUCGCAGAUUAUAUCCAUUGCAAACGGUGCAUGUCGUCUUUCUUUCGAAAAGU